UGUUUGCUUAAUAAAAAAUUCACCUCUUAAGAAAUGUCCUGAUUUGCAUGUAUAAUUCCACCUUCAUCAAUUCGAAUAUUCAAAGACUUGUAAUGAUAUCAAGUAAUUACAAUUCAGCGAGAGAGAACCUCAUAUUUUUGUCUUUCUUUCCAAGGGGGGAAAAGAAGCAGUGGCGUUUCUUCUGUUUUCCUUGAGCAUCAUGGAGUUUCAAUUUCCCUCCUUCACCACCCCACUCCUCACCUUUCUUUUUGUGUUCAUGGUAGUAAAAGUUCUGAAAGGAUGGAAAGCCAAAAACCCCCAAGCAAGGCUUCCUCCAGGACCACGAAAACUUCCUCUCAUAGGUAACAUGCAUCAGCUCAUUAGCUCUCUGCCCCAUCAUACCCUCAGAGAUUUGGCCAAGAAACAUGGGCCUUUGAUGCAUCUACAACUUGGUGAAGUUCCCACCAUUGUAAUAUCUUCUCCGGAAACUGCAAAAGAGGUUUUGAAAGACCACGCAACCAUCUUUGCUCAAAGGCCUUAUCUUCUUGCUUCUAAGAUAAUGUCAUAUGAUUCUACAAACAUUGUGUUUUCACCCUAUGGAAACUAUUGGAGACAGUUGAGGAAAAUCAGCACGAUGGAGCUUUUGAGUCCAAGUCGCGUUCUGUCAUUUCGAUUCAUUAGGGAAGAAGAAGUUUCUGCUCUCAUCAAAACCAUAUCUUUGAUUGAAGGAUCCCCAGUUAAUCUCAGUGAGAAAAUUUUCUCAAUGACAUAUGGGAUAACAUCAAGGGCAGCCUUUGGUAAGAAAAGCAAAGACCAAGAAGAAUUCAUAAGAAUUAUGAUGGAAGCUAUAAAGCUCGCAGGUGGUUUCUGCUUAGCUGAUAUGUAUCCUUCUAAUGAGCUGCUUAAACUGAUCAGUGGAGUGAGGCUUAAACUUGAGAAGCUGCAACUGGCUUCUGAUCGGAUACUUGAAGACAUAGUUAACGAGCACAAAGAGAAAACAAACAGGACAUCAGAAACGGGCAAUCAACAAGAAGAGGAAGAUCUUCUUGAUGUUCUUCUUAAACUUCAACAGAGUUCUGAUCUUGAAAUUCCUCUGACGAAUGACAAAAUAAAAGCAAUUAUCUUGGACAUUCUGGUGGCUGGGGGUGACACUUCAUCAACAACAAUGGAGUGGGCAAUGUCAGAAAUGCUAAAAAAUCCAAGAGUGAUGAAACAAGCACAAGCCGAGGUGAGACAGGUUUUUGAUAGAAAAGGUAACGUGGAUGAAGCUGGUAUUCAUGAAUUGAAAUUCUUGAGAUCAAUAGUUAAAGAAACUUUGAGGUUACAUCCUGCUGCACCUCUUCUAGUACCAAGAGAGUGUGAUGAAAAUUGUGUAAUUAGUGGAUAUGAUAUACUUGCAAAGAGUAAAGUCAUAGUUAAUGCAUGGGCCAUAGGAAGAGAUUCUAGGUAUUGGAAAGAUGCUGAAAACUUUAACCCAGAGAGGUUCUUGGACAGUCCUAUUGAUUUUAGGGGCACACAUUUCGAAUAUAUUCCAUUUGGUGCUGGAAGGAGGAUAUGUCCAGGCAUAUCAUUUGCACUCCCCAACAUUGAGCUACCCCUUGCACAAUUGCUAUACCAUUUUGAUUGGAAGCUCCCAAACGGAAGCAAUUGUGAAGACUUGGACAUGACUGAAUGUUUUGGCAUAACUGUAAGAAGAAAGAAUGAUCUCUUCUUAAUUCCCAUUCCUUACCAUCCUUUGCCUAGCGAGUAAACUGUGCUAAACAAAUUCUCGCUACCUUUUAUCUUUUAUUCUUAGUUACAGAAUUUAUAUUGUAAGCAACAAUAAGCAAGUUCAAUGCCAUGUAUUGUAUACUCAAGACUAAGAAGUCAAGCUGUAAGUCCAAGCUAGACUUUUUACCAAGCUAUAUGUUGCAACAAUUUUCAAUUUAAAUUAUACUAUUAAGUUUGC